CGCUGCGCGAAGAGGGUGCCCUCGCCGCCUGCCCAGCCCGGAGAGCGCUCGGGUCCGCUGGGGGCCGCGCUAGCCGCUCGCCCGCCGGCCCGGACAGCGGGGCACUCAGGGCGCGCCCGUCGAGCGCCCCAGGAGGCGGCGUGCGCGCAGGACGAGCGGCGGUGGCCGUGCGCGCGGCGGGACUUCGGUGCAGCUCCUCGAGGGCGCGACCCCCGAGCGCGCGUGCCGCGCGACCAUGAGGGCGCGGCCGCGGGUCUGCGAGGCGCUCCUCUUCGCCCUGGCUCUCCAGACCGGCGUGUGCUACGGCAUCAAAUGGCUGGCGCUGUCCAAGACCCCGGCGGCCCUUGCGCUGAACCAGACGCAGCACUGCAAGCAGCUGGAGGGGCUGGUGUCGGCGCAGGUGCAGCUCUGCCGCAGCAACCUGGAGCUCAUGCACACCAUCGUGCACGCCGCCCGCGAGGUCAUGAAGGCCUGCCGCAGGGCCUUUGCCGACAUGCGCUGGAACUGUUCCUCCAUCGAGCUUGCCCCCAACUACCUGCUUGACCUGGAGAGAGGGACCCGGGAGUCAGCCUUCGUGUAUGCGCUGUCGGCGGCCGCCAUCAGCCACGCCAUCGCCCGGGCCUGCACCUCCGGCGACCUGCCCGGCUGCUCCUGCGGCCCUGUCCCAGGUGAGCCACCCGGGCCCGGGAACCGCUGGGGAGGAUGUGCGGACAACCUCAGCUACGGGCUCCUCAUGGGGGCCAAGUUUUCCGAUGCUCCUAUGAAGGUGAAAAAAACAGGAUCCCAAGCCAAUAAACUGAUGCGUCUACACAACAGUGAAGUGGGGAGACAGGCUCUGCGCGCCUCUCUGGAGGUGAAGUGUAAGUGCCACGGCGUGUCCGGCUCCUGCUCCAUCCGCACCUGCUGGAAGGGGCUGCAGGAGCUCCGGGACGUGGCGGCCGACCUCAAGACCCGCUACCUGUCGGCCACUAAGGUGGUGCACCGACCUAUGGGCACCCGCAAACACCUGGUGCCCAAGGACCUGGAUAUCAGGCCUGUGAAGGACUCGGAGCUUGUCUAUCUGCAGAGCUCCCCCGACUUCUGCAUGAAGAACGAGAAGGUGGGCUCCCAUGGGACGCAAGACAGGCAGUGCAACAAGACGUCCCACGGCAGUGACAGCUGUGACCUCAUGUGCUGCGGCCGUGGCUACAACCCCUACACGGACCGUGUGGUCGAGCGCUGCCACUGCAAGUAUCACUGGUGCUGCUACGUCACGUGCCGCCGCUGCGAGCGCACGGUGGAGCGCUACGUCUGCAAGUGACGGUCGCCCGGACGCCCGCGCCGGGGACCCUCGGAGCCCCGACCCCCCACCAGGGCCCGGACACACCCCGCCCAUGAUGGUCGCUUGGGGAUCCCAGAUGCCGGCCGUGCGAGGUGGCUUGUGCUUUGCCUCCACGUGGAAAGCGCGGGGGACAGAAGGCCUGGCCACCCUGGAAGGAGGGCCGGGACAUCAAAGGAAACCGACAAGAUUAAAAAUAACCUGGCAGCCGGAGCCCAGGAGUGCCCACUCGCGCCUUGCAGGCCUCUCUAAGAAGCCAAGGGGCAUGGGGUUGGCAGGACUGCUACGGACUUGACCUUUCACAGCCAGAGACACCAACCUCCCGGGAAGGGGGGAGGGGUCUGCCUGCCCUCAUCAGAAUGUUCUGCAGGCCUAACCCUUGAGACCCCCACGGCUGCCCCCAGGGUCUGAGCCUGCUGGGCCCACCACAUGGAACCACUAGCUUGGGUUGUAAAUUUUUGUUGUUGUUUUGUUUUGUUUUGUUUUGUUUCUUCCUCUGGGAUGUGGGAGCUACAGAAAUAUUUAUAAAACAUAGCUU